GGAGGCGAGUACGCGAGUACGCCCUUCCCGACGAGAGAGAGAUGACUAGGUACGUCGAGGCUCGAAGCCAUCCCGUCACGGAGAAUGCUUCGGGACUUCGCGCGACCUCCUCGACGCCGCGUCGGGACCACGAGCUCGGCUGUACGGCGUUCACUGGCGAUGUUCGACUUUUGAGCAGUUGCGGAGGAGAUGGGCACAGGAGACAGAUUGCUUGACAUACUGUGUGAUGUAUGCGGUGACCGUAGUUCCGGAAAACACUACGGCAUCUACAGUUGUGACGGUUGUUCGGGGUUCUUCAAGCGAAGCAUACAUAGCAAUCGAGAAUACAUCUGUAAGGCCCAAGGCGCCAAGAAAGGACGUUGUCCGAUCGACAAAACCCAUAGGAAUCAAUGCCGUGCAUGUCGUCUUGCUAAGUGUUUCGAAGCUAACAUGAAUAAGGACGCAGUACAACAUGAACGCGGACCGAGGAAACCAAAACCCCAUGCGAUUAUCUCGGAGAAACAACAUCAGCAACAGUCGUCAAUUGUUACGCAGUUAUCCCCUCAUUCCGCAACCCCGGUGCACAAUGAUCGAUUAAGACCAGCACUCCCUCCCCCGUAUGUUCUGUCACCGCACAGAAGGCUAAGGUGCGACCAAAGAUUCACGCCUUACCCUCGACCGAUGGCGCUGGUACAGAAACCGCCGGAGGAAUCACCAUCCCCCGUGCCGUUGGUUCUACCGCACCCUCGCACGACCACGACCCUCUAUCAAGCGGCCACGACCGUCUCCCUAGCGCCGCAGCCUCCCCUUCUGCAGAUACUAAUGUCCGCAGAGGAAUGUCAGGAAUUGGUUUGGAAUGCGCGAUUGCAACCUACGGCGGAAUACUCGGUGGAGCAAAUGGAGACGGAAACGAGUCAAAGCCCGACAGGCACUGUACAGAGUUUUAGUCCGACCUGGGAGAUGUUGCAGGUAGCUUCAUUUUCAAGCAUAGCUACUUCAUAUCUUUCUCUUUCAUUCAAUGACAUCCACCGUUUAUUAUGCGGACAUAUAAUAAUGCAGGAAACAACGGCCCGGCUAUUAUUCAUGGCUGUCAGAUGGGUGCGAUGCCUGCCACCUUUCCAAACGAUAUCGAAAGAUGAUCAGCUGUUGCUGUUGGAACGAUCCUGGACGCAACUGUUUCUCCUACAUUUGGCGCAAUGGUCCAUUUCCUGGGACAUCACCGCGCUCCUUGAUGAUGAACAAGUGCGCAGCAGACUUCCUACAGACGACAACCUGACGAAUCAAGAACUCGUUCUGAUUCAGGCUAUAAUAUGCCGGUUUAGACAAUUAUCCCCCGAUUUCGGCGAGUGUGGCUGCAUGAAGGCAGUAGCUUUAUUCACUCCAGAGACAGUUGGCCUACAUGCAAUUCAACCGAUCGAGAUAUUGCAAGAUCAGGCACAACGUAUUUUAGUGGAUUACACGAGGUCACGGUAUCCGCAGCAACCAGGAAGAAUUGGCAGGUUAAUGAUUCUAGUCGGAUAUCUGAGAUGCGUCUCUUCCAAGACCGUCGAACGGUUGUUCUUUCACGAAACUAUCGGGGAAAUACCAAUCUCGCGUUUGCUAGUCGAUAUGUAUCAAAUGGAGAAAUACAUCAACUGAAACGCAUUUGCACACAUCGUACGUACACAUGUUAUAUAAAUGUAUCAGGACCAGCCCUCACAAUUUUCCAAAACGAUCUUUCGAUUCUUUUACAUAAAGCAGCG